AUGGCUACAAUAGAGACUGAAGGAAAGGGGGCACAAGAAGCGGUAUUUUGGGAGCUAAUAAGCUACACUUAUAGAAUACUAAAUUUAAAGAGAUAUAUAGGGGGAGCACUAGGGUUUACUCCUCAGUUUAUAAAUUAUUAUUAUACUUUCUCCUUUAAUAAGGUAAAGCUAACCUUAAUAGCUCCUUAA